GCAUGGAGUGCGGGUGAUACCGAAUCGUGCGAUAUGUUAUAGGAAUGUGUAUCGAAAAUUUAUAACUAACAUAUAUUGUGCAGUGUGAAAAACUUGACAUAAACUAAGUUUCAUUUUGUGUUUCAUUCACAAGGACUUGGAUCUAACAUCGCCGGCACGUACUUCGAGUCACGUGCCAUCGCCGGCGGAAGGAUGCGACCAUGUGACACGAAUAUUACAUACAUGUUGUGCCGCCCGGCGUGACUUCCGCGUCCAAGUAUUAAUAUUUCUCCACGGAUGCUUACCGAUCUGAAAUGCUGUUCAGAUAAACAAGAUGGCGCUGGUCGAAGACUCCGCUGCGGGCACGGGGGGCGAGGACCCGGAGGCUCUGCUCAACGAGUGGCUGGGAGAGCUCACUGUCUUGACUGCGGGUCUCAAUUCAUCCACGGACGCGUCCAUGCGGCCGCUAGAGAUCGUCGCGCCCCGGAUAGACACGUACCGCUUCUCCAUGGCUAACUUGGAAGAGACCCAGGAUGCUGACCUGGACGCCAUACUGGGGGAAUUAUGCGCACUUGAUUCGGAGUACGAUGAAGAACUAUCCAGGGUUUCUACAGAUUUCUCAACAACAUCAAAAGAGCGUUCGGAGGGCGAAGUCCCUCCGCGGCAGGACACCAAAGAGGAUGGAGCUUCCAGCAUCGCUCGCACCGACUCGCCAGACAACGAUUCCGCUUUUAGUGAUACUGUAUCGAUGUUAUCGAGUGAAUCGUCAGCCUCUAGCAGUGCCAGCUCCAAAUGCAAACAAAUGAAACUCACUAUUCAUCCCAAUCAAAAGGACUCACUUUACCAACAGAAGGCCGACAAAAUAAAGCUCGCGCUAGAACGGAUGCGCGAAGCUAACGUCAAGAAGCUCUUCAUCAAAGCGUUUUCCACUGACGGUUCUUCCAAAAGCCUGCUGGUUGAUGAGAAGAUGUCUUGUGGUUAUGUAACCAGGUUAUUGGCGGAUAAGAACCACGUGACUAUGGAACCGAAGUGGGCCAUUGUGGAGCAUUUACCCGACUUGCAUAUGGAGCGCGUGUACGAAGACCACGAGAUGCUAGUCGACAACCUGAUGCUGUGGACCCGAGAGUCCAAGAACAAGAUCCUCUUCACUGAGAGGCCGGAGAAGAACUCCCUCUUCCAUACUCCAGAGAAGUUCCUGCUGAGCGAGGAUGAUAGAGGCUGGUCAUCUGACGACGAGCACCUCCGCCAAGUUAUCAUAGAGGAGUUCUUCGGCGCCAGCACCUCCACACCCUCAGUCUCCGGGCACCUGGUGCCUCCCAUGGAGGGCUUCCUCUACCUCAAGAGCGACGCCAAGAAGGGCUGGAAGAAGUACUACUUCGUGUUACGACCUUCUGGUCUGUACUACGUGCCCAAGGACAAGGUGAAGACCCUCAAGGAGCUGGUCUGCCUGACCACCUUCGACAACAACGAAGUUUACACCGGCAUCAACUGGCGGAAGAAGUACAAGUCCCCAACUGACUUCUGCUUCGCGAUCAAGCAUCCAAGGCUCCAGCAGCCAAAGAGUGUCAAGUUCAUCAAGUUCCUCUGUGCUGAUGAUCAGCAGACCCUGGAUAGGUGGAUCACAGCUAUGAGGAUAGCCAAGCAUGGCCGGCAACUUCUCGAGAAUUACCGUUCGCUUGUGGAAGAGCUCACACAAGAAGAUCUGGACCACUUGGCCCACGCACGAUCUUGCUCCAUAACAUCAAUCCCAACAAAGACGAACAACCCCCCCGUGGUGAGCAACCCCGUGCCACCCCCCUCCAGCAAUGUUAGUGUUGCCAACUCCGACACUAGUAGUGGAAGACACUCCCGCGCAUCGUCAUCUAGUUCAAGCGGUUGUCUGUCAGAUGGCGGCACUGCGUCAGAGAGCGCGUUUGACUGCGAGUUUCCUAUGGGCACGAUAAAACGCAAGCCAUCUAUGAAGCCCAACAUCCCGCUAACAUGGAUGACGCGGCAGCUGAAGGAAAUGGCGGAGAAGGACGACUCCGAACCGACCGACUGCGGCACGCUCACGAGGCGACCGCGAAACGACGCGAAACGACAUGUCGAACCCCAAGAAGCGCCAGUAUACAGCACGGGCAGCAUCAAGUCAUCCAGCCCCGUACGCGAGUCACCUUCCUACGGGCACUACGACACGCUCACACAGGACACCUACCGCAGCAGCGUCGACACCGCGUCCUCCCUGUACGGCUACACCAUUUACGAUAAAACUCAAGAGCCAGUGGAGGACCUGCCCCUCCCACCGCCCCCAGAAACAGACACGACAGAUGCCAUGUUCAGUUCCAGACUCAGUCUAGAUUCUCUACCACCCCCACCGCCCCCCAUCGAGCCCAUCGAAGACAUCAGCUGGACCCAGCUCAGUCUGCCUCCUCCACCACCAGAACACACCAUAGAAGCCAACCCAGGACGAGUACAAGACAUCGUCAGCCAUCUCACAGCUCAGCAGAUCGAACAGACCGCUAGAGCGGGACAGAGGUCAGCAACCAGAACGGAACAGAGCAAGACCUUCCCGCGACAGCCCUCCUUGGACAGCGUCCACUCUGAAGCCUCCAAAACCUCAUCCUUACACUCCGAUAAGAGCAUCUACGGUCAGAAUGUGGCCUACGGAGCGUGUCUAGUCGAGCUUCAGACAAAGAAGUUAAGCAACGGCAGCCCCUCCAUACAGAAGAAGCCCAUGGAGCCAGGCAAGGAACGCACGAGCUCCAUGAAGAAAGUGAACUUCGCGGACGAUCUCCCGACAUGUUCCGACAAGAAGAACAAAAAGAUAACCUUCAAUCUCACAGACGCACCGCCAUCGCCGCGCAAACCGCUACCUCCAAAGCGAAACGAGAGCACCAGACUCACAUCACCCAAGAAGCUGGCAGAUUCCAACAGCAACCCGCCCAAAGACUUCCUGAAGGACCUGCAGCGGGUGAUGCGCAAGAAGUGGCAAGUGGCGCAGAAGUGCAAACUGGAGCCGACCACGACCCCGCACGAAGUGCUCGGCUUCCGCGAGUACCCGCUGUCGGAGGACUACAAGGAGACCAGCGUGUCCAUGUGGGUGCAGGAGCACUACGGCGCGGGCUCGGGGGCGGAGGACCCGUUCUACGAGAACGUGUUCGGCAGAGACACAGCCCCGCGCCGGGAGGAGCCCAAGCCCAUCAAGAAGCGCCCCCCGCCCGCGCCCCCCAAGCGCAGUGACUCCACGCACCUCACGACCCAGCCGCUGCUGACCCCGCACCCCCCGCACCCCGCGGUCCCCGUGCACCCCCCCGUGGUCCCCACACUCCCUGUGGUCCCCGCACACCCCGGGGCCCCCGCGCACCCCCCGGCCCCCACCCUCCCCGGGGUCCCCGUGCACCCCCCGGCCCCCCCGCACCAGAUCCAGCCGGCCGCUUGAAAUUACCUCAACUUUUCGCUCGCUUGCUGCUGGAAGCGCAACCGCGACAUCACUGACUUUUAGUGCGCGGAGUGAGCGGAAAAGUGACUGUGUAGUGUAGUGUAGUGCUCUCCGGUACACGCAUUAUCAUUCAAUUUGAGUGGACGGGUACAGUCGACUACAAUGUGGACGGUUCGGAAAGUGGCAAAUUUAACAUUGUUUUGAGCACAUAGCUCACACUAUUUAAACUAUACUUUGAUCAAUCAAUGGAACUGGGAUAAAAAUAUAAAAAAUAUAUAAUUAAGCCUUUGAUACACGGUAGCUGCUGUUUAAACUGGUGAUAAUCACAAACGGCUUAGCAAAUUGAUCAGGGUAUAGUAGUUGCAGCUGACUGUACAGAGGAAGGGAGCGACCAAUGGUAAGGGAUUGUUAGGAUAUUGGAUAAAUUGAAUGACGGUGCUAUUGUGAAAAGUAUACUAAUGUAGGUGAAUUGUCUUGUAACCCACGUUUACCAAAUAUACACGUAUCGCUUUAACGCUUCUCAGUAGAGGUUACGAGUAAUUCGAGUUAUAUUUAUUGGAGUUCAAAUUUCAACUGUUAUGUUCCUAGUAGAAAUUUCUCCGCCAAAGAGGUUCGCAUGCAGUUCUAAAUUAUUGACCUGUGUACGCGGAAACAUAUUCGACGUUGUAUAUAGCGUAAUCAUGAUCGUGUUUUCGCGCCAAUUUUAACUUUUUUCAUGGCAUAGGUUGCGCUACAGAUAAAAAAACCCGUGCCGGCCACGAGUAUUGUUUAAAAUAUGAAAUUAUUAUUUCGGGCGGAACUCCAAUGCGCUGAUCUCACUCCGAUUUUUGUUCUGGGCUGUGACGCAUCCAUUUUUAAUUUUUUGGCGGCAAAUAUAAAUUAAUUUUUUAUCACGCAUAUUUGUUAUGAUAGAUUUUUACCUUUUAUACUUUAGAGAAGUCAACAAGAAUAGUAAAAAUUUACAAUGAGGUGAAUUGUAAGUUCACCAAAAAGCACAGAGCUCGGCACAGAUAACAAAUAGUUAGCCCAUUUUACCGCCAAAAGUGAUCGAGAGCUGACGUGAAGACUACAAAACAAAUAGUAAGGCUGUUUAGUUAGAGUAAGUGACCUGACUAGUUUUAACAG